AGGUGAGGUUACUUGGCUGUAAAGAUUGGAUUUAAACAGAUCAGACAGCUUGGAGACAGCAGGUAGACACAUCUGUUAAUGGGAAGAUAAAGUUUAAAGUGUCAGAAGAGACACACAGCAGUGAAGAGAUAGAGAGGCUUUGUUAUAUUCAAUAAGAACCAUAAAGUAUUUUGUUAUCCAGAGCAGAAGUUCGAAGGAGCUUGUGUGUGUGCCAGAUGAUGCCACCGCAGGUUGCCAGUUCACCGUUCCUGAAGCCUUUCUUUCUGAAGACCCCACUGAACGUCGACAGCCAUCGGCGUCAGCGGCGACACACAUUACCUGCCAGUGAAUUUCGUAAUCUCACCCCGCAGGAUGCCAUCAGUGUGUUUGAAAUAGAGAGAGAAGCUUUCAUCUCUGUUUCGGGAGAAUGUCCACUCACCCUCGAUGAGGUGCUUAGUUUCCUGAGCCAGUGUCCUGAGCUCUCGAUGGGAUGGUUUGAAGAGGGUCAGUUGAUGGCUUUCAUCAUCGGAUCAGGCUGGGACAAAGAGAAAUUAGAACAAGAGGCUUUGACUAAACACGUCCCCAAUAGUCCAACGAUACACAUCCAUGUUCUGUCUGUGCACCGCCACUGUCGGCAGCAGGGCAAGGGCUCCAUCUUGCUUUGGAGAUAUCUGCAGUACCUGCGCUGUCUCCCGGGUCUGCGCAGGGCCCUGCUGGUCUGCGAAGAGUUCCUGGUGCCCUUCUACAGGAAAGCGGGCUUUAAGGAGAAGGGUCGUUCUGCCAUCACUGUAGGGGCUUUAACAUUUACAGAGAUGGAGCAUCAACUUGGAGGCCAAGCAUACGCACGACGAAACAGCGGGUGUUAGUUUCUAUAGCCAAAAUUUGAAAAAGGACACUAUGCUCUCAGCAGUCACGGGCUUGGAGGUUUACGAGCAAAGAACACUUACCUACCUAUGCACAUUUUAAAGGAUUGCGGCAUUUUCUGGCUACACAAACGUAACGUUAUUGUCUGGAGAAUACUGUUUGUACACAUAUCUGUUUGUGUGAUUUACUUUAUUGAAGUAAAAUAAAAUAAAAUAACUAUUAUAGUUAUUAAAAAGCUUUUGCUCAAUGUUUACAAAAUAAAAGUUCUACUACUGUACUAUGAGUGACGCAGGGAUGACGUAUUUUUGUAGGCUAAAGGGC